GGCAACCUCUUCAUGUCAAUAAACAUUAUUAGUACUAUUAUUACUACAACUGUAUUAGUAUUUUAGCAGUAAUCGUAGCAGCUGUAGUAUUAUUAGUCGUAUUGCACGUGCCUGGCAGAUCGGUUGCUAGGCGACGACAAACAUGGCAGCCAACGUCCGAAGUGCAGAGGUGGACAAAAAGAUUCGAGCAGCUUUCGAGGCGUUUGACUACCAAUCAAACCAAACCGUGGAUGUGCGAGAGAUUGGCACGAUCAUCUAUUCUCUGGGUUGCUUCCCCACUCAGGCAGACCUCCACAACUUCAUAGCUGAGGUCGAAGAGGACCAAACAGGAUACAUCCACCUGGACCGCUUCCUCCCCGCCAUGACCACAGUUCUUCUGGAACACAAGUUCCCCCCCAUCUCUGAGGACGUUCUGCUUCAAGCCUUUGAGGUUCUGGACAUUGAGAAGAAGGGCUUCCUCGACCCAGACGAUCUAUCACAGUACAUGACUGAAGAAGUGUGGAUGCUCCCUUUGAUGACAAAAACGUGGAUCUGCACCUUUAUCCAGACUUUCACCAAACUUGAAGACAGUCUUCGUGGACCCAUGCAACUCCUCUCUAUGGAAGUUUAGUGCAAACUGGUUGUGUAUUUCUUUGUGUAGCCAUGCUAAGUGUAUGUGUGCUAUUUACUGUGUUACGAUGUGAAAAUACAGAUACAGCAACAUGCAAAUGAGUGUUCACUAAGGACUGUAUGGAUAUUGGAGAACAGCAAAACAUCUGUCACUGACAGGGGAGUGUGAAGGACUGCUCGUGCUGCAGAGAUAUUACUCAAAGGUAAACAAAAAGAGCAAUUGUGUGACAAAUUCAAGCAAAUCCCAAUAUCAGCUACAACAAAAACAAGACAAUGUGAAAUUUAAGAGAAUGUACUGUUGCAGCUUUUCUUUUUAAAUUAUUAUUUUAUAUUACUUUUUUCCAGAGAA